UCAGUAGCCGGAGUUCCGCGUGUUCGGAACUGACUGUAGUCAAUAUCGGAGGUUUAUGUCUAAUAUGAUGGAAAGUCGAGGAGUUUUAUCGAUUAUAUUCGACUUGGAUAAUACGCUGGUCGACACAGCUGGCGCAGGACGAAUUGCCAUUCAGAAGGUGUAUGAGCUGCUAAAGUCGACACCUGUGCAGGAAAUCCACAUCAGAGACAUCUGUGAAUGCUAUUCACGAAAGCUUCAUCACGAAUCGUUCGACCCAUCAGACGGAAAAACAAUAGAUAGUGUGAGGAUCCAUCACUGGUAUGAAGCCCUACAGGAGACGCAGGGCACAGAUCCUGAUCCGGAUCUGGCCAACAGUUGCUACUACACAUGGAAGAACACACGUUUACAGGCGCUGACUCUGUCUCCUGAGAUUCGAUCUCUCCUGGAAGAACUGCGGAAAAAUUACAAACUGCUUCUGCUCACCAACGGCGAUAGUCAGACGCAGUGGGAGAAGAUCGAAGCUGUGAGAUGCGAGGGUCUCUUUAAUGUGGUGGUUGUCGGAGGAGAUCAUCCUGAGCAGAAACCGGCGCACUCCAUCUUCACUCACUGCUUCAAGUCUGUGGGAGUUCUGCCACAGGACUGCAUCAUGGUGGGAGAUUCUCUCAGUACUGACAUCCAGGGAGGCGUUAAUGCAGGAGUGCGAGCAACCGUAUGGAUAAACAGUGACUGUAAAUCUCUCCCGCAGGGCUCUGUGACUCCAGACUACACUAUACCUAGUGUACUGAAUCUGAAUGAUGUUCUAGCUGAACUGAUGUUGAAAUGAUGUCUACAAAUGUAGACCUAAAGAUGCACUUGAAAAAUGUGAUGACUCAUGUGAGGUAAAAAGUUUUUAAAGGAUAGUUCACUCCAAAAUUAAAAUCCUGUCAUCAAUUACUCACUCUCAUUU